AUGUUGAACAUCAUGACGCGUAGGGUUCUAUCGGCCACACUUUUCAUCCUGCAGUGUGCCUCCGCUUUGCCCGCCCUGAAUAGCAGCAUAGAAACAUAUCACUUUCCAGAAGGGCUGGACCGGGCACAUUCGUACGGCAUUCAGGUUAAACAAUCCACCGGAGGUGUGCAUACCGUCGAGUCAUACAGCGCCAUCGUGUCAGAAGCCAAUACCACAUCCGGAAAAGGAAUCGAGCACAACACUUCCUUUGCGUUGUUCGAUUUUGAAGGAUCUGUUGAUCUCAUUGUCACUUACAACAAUGGACCAGUCAAGUCUGCCGUCAUCAGGCCGUACUCCUAUGGCAUCAAGCCGACCGUGAAAGGAAAUACAGUUUCUUUUUCAUUGGAUCGGCCACGCAACGUCGUAUUGCAAGUGAACGACGAUAUAUUCGACACAUUACAGCUCUUCACUAAUGCUAUUGAGACCGACAUUCCGAGCCAGCGUGAUCCGAACGUUGUCUACUUUGGACCUGGCAUCGACAACGGGCCAUCCUCCAAAAACGGAACACUGGUCAUUCCAUCCGGUAAGGCUGUAUAUCUCGCUCCCGGUGCAGUUGUCACAUCCCGACUAGCCUUUCAGAAUGCGACCAGCGGUUCGAUCCAGGGUCGAGGCGUGAUCAAUCCGAGAUCAUCAGGCGGUAUACUUAUCGAAUGGUCGAGCAAUAUCUUGGUAAAGGACAUUCUCAUCCUUGGAGCAAAGGGGUUCUCAGUCACGACGGGUACAUCAAAGAAUAUCACCAUGUCGGGGAUUCGAUCGAUGUCUUCCACCGGUAAUGGUGAUGGGAUUGACUUCUUCUGCAGCGAGGAUGUGCUUAUCGAUGGAGUGUUUCUACGGAACUCCGAUGAUAAUAUCGCACUUUACCAGCACCGCUGGAACUACUACGGGAAUUCGAAGAAUAUUACCGUGCAGAAUUCAUCCCUCUGGGCGGAUUGGGCGCACCCCAUAAACAUCGGUACGCAUGGGAAUACCGAUAAGCCUGAGACAAUGGACGGUGUUACCAUCCGCAAUAUUGACAUCCUGGAUCACCGCGAGCCGCAAAUGUGGUAUCAGGGGUGCAUUGCGAUCAAUCCCGGAGAUAGUAACUUGAUUCAAAACGUUCAUAUCGAAGACGUGCGAGUCGAGGAUUUCCGCUUGGGGCAACUACUCAAUUUCCGGGUGAUGUACAACUCCAAGUAUAACACGUCGCCUGGAAGAGGCAUUCGGAACGUCUACGUUAAGGAUUUGGUGUACAACGGGUCCCAUGCCAACCCUUCGUUGUUUCUGGGAUAUGACAAAGAUCGGAAUAUCUCUAAUGUCACGUUUGUCAACCUGCAGGUGAACGGGAAGUUGAUCGAUGAUAACAUGGCUAAGCCUUCCUGGUAUUAUACUGCGGAUUUUGUUCCCAUGGUAGAUUGGUUCCAUUCUCUUCUUAACCCUAAGCUACGGAGAUUCUUCCCCAUGUACCGCGAUUUGUCGUGGCAGGAACCUCUAUUUUUUGAAUCAACUAUGGAAGCACCGAGCAGGCGAGUCGGGAUAUUACCCAAAAGGGAAAUAGUGAACAAGUCAUCUCAUUGGUGCUAUGCGAUGAUCUUCACUUGGACUCCACCAGAUGAAGCCUUCGGAGAGACUCCGCCACUUCUUCCGGCGCUACUUUUCUCCUUCCAUGCGGGGGUAAAACAAACUCCGCAAUCAUGCAACGGCUGCCCCGUGGGGAACUGGCACUCAAUGCGUCAGCACGGCAGGAACGGUCGAUCCGCGCAGGACCAACCGCCACAGCAACAACAAGGCCAGGACACAUCCAAACCAGAAGACGAUAUCCCCGCUUGCCAGUCGUGUCGAAAGAAAAAAGCACGAUGUAGUCGCGAGCAACCAUGUUCGCAAUGUGAGCGUUUUGGUGUCGCAUGCGUUUACGAUGACCGUCGGCUGAAGCCAGGGUUACGCGCUGGGGCUGUCGACCAGCUCUAUCGCCGAAUUGAUACACUGGAGAACAUGUUUCUCGGGCAAAGCAUUUUGUGGAAGCAGGUCUGGGAGGCACUCCAUCCGAACUCUGCCUUUCCCAGUGCUCCAGAUGAGAAUUUACAUAAUGAGGAAUCUACAGGUAGACAACUUGCUGGCGCGCGGGAUGCCAUGAAGAAGUCAAUGCUACAACUUGCCGAGACCAAAGACACGGAGGGGCCUUCGAUAGAAUCAGAACACAAUGGUGAUGGUGAUUGCCGAUCGCCAAAGCGACGGAAGGUUGACUUAAUGUCUACGCCACAGCAGCCAUCACGGAACGCGACAGACUUCGACAUCCUCAACUCUGACCUUGUGCAUCCUCUUGUUGAAUUUUACUUCACGAACAUCCACCACUGGAUUCCGAUUCUACAUGUUAGGAGAUUUCGUGAACAGAUUCAGUUUUACAAGGGACGCCAGAAGGCCACAUAUAUUCUGCAUGCUAUUGUCGCGUUAUGUAGCCGGUUCUCCGACGAUAGUCGCCUGGGAAGCGAUGCAGAGAAGGCCGAGCUAGCAGAAAAAUGUAGGCAGAAGGUCAUCUUGAGCAGCAUGGAGUCAUUCUCAGUCGAGAACCUCCAGGCCUUGGUAAUCAUUGCUUUUGACACAAUUGGUCGUGGACGCGGUCCAUCGUCAUGGUCCAUCGUAGGAGGUAUGGCUCGCACGGUAGAGCAACUUCAGUUAAGCGUGGAAGAAGAGCAUCUUUCAAGCCAUUCUCAAUCUGGUGAGACAUUAAUACGGCGCAUGGCGUUUCUGAAACCAUCCACGUCUUGGAGAGAAGCGGAAGAACGACGACGUGUCUUCUGGACAGUAUUCUUGAUGGAUCGCUUCUGCAGCGUAUCUACCGGCUGGAAUAUCAGUCUGACCAGUGCAGAUGUCAAACGGCGACUACCUUGUGAAGGAGCACUCUGGGAGCAGGAAACUGAAGUGAGACCGCCAUACUUUGGCAUCUCGGACGCAAGGGCCGCUAGCCCACAUCGCCCCUUACUGACAGAGAGCCGGAUGGCGGCCGAUCCGAAGGAGCAGGAUUGUAUCGGGGGGUUCGCCUACUGCAUCGAAGCCACCGAGUCUCUAGCAUUAGUCACCAAUUUCUUUCUUCACCACGCCCUGGACAUCCGGGAUGCGGACAAAGCGCAGCUCUGGCUCAUGCGAUUUAAGGAGCUUGAUCUCCGGAUGGUCCAGUGGAAGCUUUUCCUGCCACCCAAAUGGCGGGAUGCCUCAGUUCUUAACGCCGACGGUAUCAUGGAUCCUAAUCUUACUCUUGCACAUACAACACAUAAUACAGCUGUAAUACUCCUCCAUCAAGGGAUUGCCUACCCGCCAUUGCACUGGCAGUCCUGCCCGGUCAAGCUGCCUUCAACAUCAUCGGCAGAAACAUGUCUCGAAGCUGCUUCGGAGAUCAGCACGAUUGGUCAGCAGUUCCUGCUUUGCUCUUCCAUCCUCACCAAUCCCCAAUUCUCCUUCUGCCUGUUUAUUGCCGGUAGGAUGCUCCUCACGCAUUCCAAGUACUACGGUACUCCCAUACCCAACUCGUUAGAUUCGCUUAUCGCCAGCUUGUUCGAGAUCUCCCGCCGAUGGGCAGGCCCGCAGAAUGUGCACGACAAUCUCAAGGAUAACCUCGCCUCGGGCUUCGCCAAGCGAUUAGUUUCAGCGAAGGACAGCUUCCCGACACUAUCCAAACCUAGCUUAGAUAUCCGACAGACAGCAUACUCUGAAAAUACCGACCAUAGAGCACCUCCCAAGCGCGUAGAAACCAUUUCUACACCAUCAGUACUCGAACGCUCCUCGGUUGUACCAAACAAUACGUACGCUGAACAGGAGCCUCCACUGCCUAUUCCUGAUAAUCACUCUGAUACCUCGAGUUUCACCGAUGUAGAUCCGUUUGGUAUAUCACUGACGGACCGGGAUCAAUUCAACUCGCAGCCGUCACAUGUGUCGAUCUGGAAUAAUGCGACAAGUCCUUUAUACGCCAGUGCCCCCAUUGCCUUGGAUUGCGCGUCACCGGAGCAUCCACCCACGACCCUCAGCCCUGGACAAAGGAUCAGUCGCUAUGGUGCAGUGGAGGUGGAUCGAGCUGUUGUCAUGGGGGAGAAUCACGCACAUCUUAACCACAAUAGUUAA